AUGAAGAAACUAGCGAUCCUGUGGACAUUUUAUAUUGCCUAUAUAAUCGAGUCAUGCAACUGCUCAGACAAAGAGAACAAGAGUGAAAUAAAGAGUAACAGCGCCUAUUAUAAAGGCCUGGAAAGUGUUUCCCAAGAGACUAAUUGUGUGAACCUCCAGACAUGCCACGCCUCGAUUGCUCACUUUGUUGAGGACGGUGGCAGCUUAAAUAAUGACCAAACGCUCGACUUGGCAGAAGAGUGUCCGAGUGGAGUUAAUAUGACCCAGCAUUGUGAGAGAGAAGUAACACACAGAAUAUAUGCGCCAAGAAAAGGAGCUGCAAUUGUGCUGAUUAAAGACAGUGGAAUGGAGGUUUGGAGAUCAAACGGAGAUGAGAAAUGUACGUUUGUACAGUGCUAUAAAGGGGAAACUACUCUCUUGGCCCUGGAAAUUCGUGCAUGUGGAAGCUUUAGGGUGAAACAUCUAGAGCUGAGAGAAUCAAGUUGGAUUGGGGUGCGACUAAGGGAGUUUACAAUGAAGCUCAAUAAAAUGAUGGGAAUCUCCAGAAGCUUUAAUGAAGACUAG